AUGGGAAGAGAAAUUGUCCGUGAAAAUUUCCCCAAGGAGCAUGGAAAACGUACAAGAUUGUGGCAUUAUAAGGAUGCAGCUGAUGUAUUGACAAAACACUCUGGAACUGAAGAAGUAGAAGGGCUCGUGCUAAAGUUGCCAAGAUGUAACAAGGUUAGUUUCAGUGCAAAAGCAUUUACAAAGAUGCAGAGACUGAGAUUGCUCCAACUCUACUACGUACAGCUCACUGGAGUCCAUCAAUGUUUUCCCGAAGAGUUAAGAUGGCUCUGUUGGCAUGGGUUCCCUCUAAGGUUCAUACCGAAAGACUUUAGAAUACAAAACCUAGUUGCUCUUGACCUGACGUAUAGCAACCUCUGCCAGGUUUGGAAGGAUCCUCCGUUGCUUGAGAAGUUGAAGUUUCUUGAUCUAAGUAACUCCCAUUACCUAACACUGUCACCAGACUUUUCAAAACCCCGGAAUCUCCAACAAUUGAUGCUCAAAGGCUGUGUGAGUUUGCCAGAGGUUCACGAAUCCAUUGGACAUCUUGGCAGACUUUCUGUUAUAGAUUUUGGAAGACUGCAAACUGCUCAAGGAUCUCCAAGGAGUUUAUACAAGUCAAAAUCUAUUGAAGUUCUUGUUCUUUCUGGCUGUUCAAGAUUUGAAAACUUCGCUGAAGACUUGUGGGAGAUGGUAUCCUUGACAACUCUUCUUGCAGACAGAACAGCCAUACGGAAAGUACCAUUUACUAUAGUAAGACUGAAGAACCUUAGAAACUCAUCUCUAUGUGACCGGAAAUGGUCUCCGUCCAUGAGAUUCGGUCUCUGUUUUGGUCAUGGGUAUUUCCACGAUUUAUUGCUUCCUUCAUUGCAAGGCCUGAACUGUUUAGAAAAAUUAAGUCUUGCAAACUGCAAUUUAACUGAUGGUGCAAUUCCUAACGGCAUUUGGAGGAUCAUUGCACAAGCCUUCGCGCCAUCACAGAUUUACCAAAGAAUUUGUGCAAACUGUUGGCAAAUUACUGCACUGCACUGGAAAGACUGCCAGAUUUUUCAGAAAUAUCAAGGAUGGAGACCGGUUCUUGGAUUUGGUCAUACUGCCAAUGCAAAGGAUAUUCCAAACUGGUUCCCCUACAUCGGGGGUUACUCUCUCACUUUUGAGGUGCCUCAAGCUAUUCGUACUUCCUAUGAGUUCGUUGUUUGUGUCGCUCAACGUACUCAUCUUGAGCCGGAAUCUAUAAACACAUUCAAUUGUACUGCUUAA